CGCGGCGGCCAUGACUGUGUUCAGACUGACCACCCAGGCUUACUGCAAGAUGCUGCUCCACGCCGCCAAGUACCCGCACUGUGCCGUCAAUGGCAUCCUGGUGGCAGAGAAACACAAGAGGAAGGACGGCCAGCCGGUCCUCUUCGUGGACUGCGUCCCCCUCUUCCACGGCACCUUGGCUCUCGCGCCUAUGCUGGAAGUGGCCUUGACGCUGGUUGACUCUUGGUGCAAAGAAAAUAACUACAUCAUAGCGGGAUACUACCAGGCAAACGAGCGUAUGAAGGACACCAGCCCAAACCAGGUUGCUGAAAAGGUUGCGUCUCGGAUUGCAGAAAACUUCAGUGAUGCUGCCCUAAUCAUGGUGGACAAUCACAAAUUUACUAUGGAGUGUGAAGAGCAAUCGAUUGUAGUAUAUGAACACCAUGAAAAUAAAUGGCGAUGCAAAGACCCAAAUACUGAUUUCUGUGAAGACUGGUCAGAGGUGCAGCGAAUUACAACCUGUCUCCUGGACAGUAAAUCGUACGACUCCUUAGUGGAUUUUGAUAACCACAUGGAUGAUCUCAGGAAUGACUGGACAAACCCAGAGAUCAACAAAGCUGUUCUUCACUUCUGCUGAGACAGCUUCCUAUGAAUGUUCUAGGGGCAUUCUCUGGUAGACGGGGACCUGCAACCUCCUUUGGCUGCAAUGAGCAACCCUUAAUGAAUGUGAAACCUGAUAAGUGGUAAAAUGAAAGAAUGGAAAGAAGCACACCAGCUUACUGUGCUAAGAGAUAAGUGAAAUGUUUUCAGCCUUCUGAUAAUUGAGCCGUGGGUCUCUUGGUUUCUACAACUGGACAGUAGGUUUGUGAUCAAAUCGCACAUCAUUUUUUAGUUAGUUUGUCGUAAAUCAAACUUUGGGUAUUUCAAAGGAGACAAGUGAAUUAUGUGUGAUUUUAAAUAUUUGCACCCUCAAAUAACUUCUGUCUGUUAUGUUUUAAAUGAAAUACUAUUAGAAUAUUUGAUAAAAUGAGAGUUUAAGCAUCUCUUGCCUGAAUAUUCUAUAGCACGUGUUUGGUUAAUUUUAUUACUCCAGUUGCUAAUGUGGUUCAACUCCAAUUUAUGGAAGAUUAAACUUGGGCUAAAUUACAAAUAAAUGGAUGGGAUGGGGGAAGAUUUAUUUUUGAGUUAACGGAAUAAUUUUUUCGGCCAUGUAGUUUAAGUCUGCGUAAAAUGUAAAUGGUCCUUCCUAAACAAAGAUCUUCCAAAAUUGAAUAACACCAGUGGAUACUAGUGGCAUUUUAUACAUAGGUACAAUGGUGCGUUGCAAGAAAAUUAACUGAAAAUUGAUGUUGGGAUUGGGAGUUUGUACAAAUUACAUUGCAACAGUAACUACACUUCAAAACUCUUUCACCUGGGUGUAAAGCACUUUGGGAAGUCCUGAAAUUAUGAAAGGCACUAUAUAAAUCCAUGUCUUAAAUCUUUCAUAUCCACAAAAUAUUUAGUAGUUACAUCUUUUUAAUUUGAAAUCGAUGCCCUAGGUGUAACAGCAUUCAAGUUUGAAAUGGAAUUCAAAACAUUCUAAAUCCCUGGCAUAAUAACCAUGAGCUUCUCUGAAUAACUGAAUAAUCCUUACAUCCUUGUAAUCCAUAAAUUUAAAAAUGUUGACUUGCAUUUAAAGCUCCAUGAAUGAAACCAGUCACAAUGAAACAUUCAUACAAACUUUUAGUUUCAAAAUUAAAUGCUGUAAGAAGUUCCAUCCAAUAGGAGCAGUUACUUUCAUGUUGCACCAUCUGAAUUUUGUAUUUACCUAACCAGCCUGCUGAAGAUUGCAGUACCUGUAUGUAACUUGUAUGAUGAGCAGCUGACUUGUUCAUAAAUUUGUUAAACGAAUCCCAUGUUGCAAGAUUGAUUUAACAUUCUGUUUCAAGAGUUUAAUCAGGAUAAGGCUGGUUUUAGUAUGUAAAUAAUUUGGCAACGUAUUUUUGGUAGCUUGAAUUUGUUCUGGCCGUUUUGAGUAUUUGAGCAGCUUUCGAAAUAUUCCUUUUUACUUCCCAUCUCCAAUGAUUAAUGUUAUACCAAGCAAGAUGCAAAACAGUACGGCAAAUUAUUAUUUUGGAAUAAAAAAUCGUUUUGCUGAUACCACUGCUGUUCUUAAGUUAACUCCCUCACAAAACCCAUUGUUUAAACCUGAGAAUGAUUUUGUUUAUAACUACUCCAUUAGUUUUGGAGAUCACUCCAGAGUUUUUAUAACCCUGGAUUAUAUCUGAUUCCGUAUUCUGCAUUCACAAAUUGUAGUACAUUACAAAAAGCACGAAAUCCAAACCACUGCAUUGUAUCAAAUAUAUUUAUUUCACAAUUAAGCCAAUGUCUUUUAUCUUUUCCAGCUUUCUGCUCUGCAUCUGCAGAUGUUUUUAUUAAAUGUGUUGCAAUGUUCUGUGUCUACAGACUUGAAACCAAGUUUUUGUUUUUUGCGGCAGCUUAGGAAAUAUACAAUAAAGGCAGGCUCAACUCUAGUUUUAAGUCAGCGUAAAUGAAUAGCAAAGAAUUUUAAUGUUAAUUUAGCAUUUUGAAUUUUUGAGACAACUGCCUCCCAACUUUGGUGAUGCUUGUCCUUAAGCAAACCUGCCAGCAGUUGAGCUGCCUUUAAUGUUGCGGCCAACUAUUUUCCAGCACUAAUUUUUAAGAGUGCAAGGAUAACCCAGUAUUUUCCCCACGCUGUAUGGAGAAUACUAAGUGGAAGUUGUCACAUUCAAGCACUGGCACAUUGUCUGCCUGCUGCCUAUAAGCUAGGCAUUAUAUAACUCUUCAUUGUGCAUUUGUAAACUGACCUUAAAUAUUGCUGUUUCUGUGGUAUUUGGAAAAAAUACUUUUCAAAUUCUUCAUGAGUAUAUGCGAAACAUUUACUACCUUGGAAUUCAGCCUGCCUGGGAGCAAUGAGUUGGAGAUUUUGUGAUAUCCUCAGAGGAUGAAGUGACUCAUUUCAGAAAAUGGUGGAUCAUGGCAAGUUGCUGGGAAGUCACAUUUGCUUUUUGCUGUUGUGGAAAAAUUUGGAUCAUCACAUUGCACCCUCUCAUCAUGCACUUUGUUGAAAUAUGUUUGGGUUAGAACUGGUCUGCAUUUGCUCUACAACCAUUUUGUCACUUUCUGCUGAAUUGGGUCUUCACAUAGUGGUAAGUUUUUUUUUUAGAUAGUGUAUGUUUACAGAGCAUGACCUAGAUAUACUGGUCAUCGCUUCUGCUGAAGAAAAGGCAGUUAUAUCUUCCUUCCCCAUCCACCACCCAUCAGUCAUUGGAUCUUGGGUCACGGUUCAGCUAUGAUCUCAUUAAAUGAUCGGCAAAACUGUGUGGGGGUGAAGGGCAAGAGAAAGGUUGCAUGGUCUAAUUCUGUUCUGAUGUUGAUGGCUUUUACUGCUUUGGGCUUUAUUCUAACAAACUAUUUGAAAAUCUGUUUAUAAAUGUAUAUUUUUAAAAAGUAAGUAUUCCAUUUCCAAAAACUUAAAGGAAUAAUUUCACAUCCUUUUUUUCUAAAAAUGAGCUUAAAACUUCUCUCCCAUUUCUCUUCUUUCAUGCCCCCACACACACGCACGCACACAGCGACGAACUGACUUUUGAAAGUUUUGAGACUUUUUCUACCAACAGUUCCAACCUUCAGUUUUGUAAGGACAAACAGUGUGGGGACAGUAAAGUGGAUCACAGAGAAAAUGGUUAAAGUGGCCCUAGAGCAGUGCUUCCCAAACGUUUUUCUGCUUUGACCCCAUUUUUAAGGCUUUGCACUUGGUGCAACCCCAGAGUACAAAUUGCAGAGAUAGGGAAGAGUUAUUGAGAGGGCUGGAGGUUCAAACAGCUGAGAUACAGGCACAAAAAAAACAGCUAAGAAUGCCAGCACUUUGCAGGCUGUUUUGGUGUCAGCAAUCAGGGAUCGGGAUUAGGCCAAGCCCACAAGCAAAUAAAAUCAUCCAGCUUUAGCUGUGCUGAGACUGUCAAAUUGGAGCCUCCACUCCACAACUGCCACUUCUGUCCUGGUGCUCAUGACCCCUGUUGCUCGUCCCAUGACUUCAUUGGUGGUUGCAACCCAGAUUUUGAGAAUACCUGCCUUAGAAUAUAAGGAUGGCAAUACAAUAGAAUACAUAUCCAAGUUGGACACAAAGGGAAAAGUCAAUGGAAUCAAUGUUUUGACUUUCUACUGUGGCUAACUUACCUUUUUCCUUAAUUAAACGGUGACUGACCUAUGUUUCUGGUAUUGUUUUAUUUCACAUUUUCAGCAGUUGUUCAGUUUUUCUUAUCUAAAAGAAAAAUCAGGAAGUAGAGCUAUCUUUCCAAAGAAGUGCCCUAUUUUUAAAAAGUCAGCCAACUGGCUGCACAAACAAGCCAUUCAUCUGAUCAAGUUUGUGCUGGUGUUUUUCUGUACAGGAAGCAUCAAGUUUAAUCCUACUUGCCUAUGAGAAUAUCUGGCUCUGCUCUGUCAACCCCUCCUAGGACAGUGGAUGUGAGGAAUGCUGAAAGUCACCUCUCUGUCCUUGCAUCCGACCCCCUUGCUGGCAACCCCCAUCCCACCCCACUUAUCUGCCUCGAGGGAUCCAAUGAUCCCUGGUGAAGGGUUUAGAGCAUAACCAGCAGCUACUGCUCCUGGUGGUACUGCCAGCAAUAGAGAGCUGCUGGCCAGCAACUCUCAGGAGCAGGAUUUUUGCCCUUCUGGGAUGUUGGUCGCAGGGGAGGCCUGACCGUGACCAGUUAAAGUGUCUGAUUGUACUUGAGUAGCAUUGGGCCUCCUGGACAUAAGUGAUAGAGCUCCCAUCAGUUCUCCAGCAAGUUGGGGUAGGGGGGAAACCCCUGUCACCAGAACUAAACUCCGCAUAUUUCUCGUCAUAUUGUUCCUUCAAAUUUUGUUAAUAUUUUUCAUACACAGUUGAAACGUUGCCACAGGGCAUAGUUAUACCCUUAAAGGAAAAUCGUGUUGGGUAAGUAUUUGAAACAAAGGAAGCCACAGGACAGUGAAUAUUUUCCAGCUGCUGUAGCAUUGCUCAAACAGAAUGGGUCACCUGUGCUUCUAUUUGGCAAGUGCCCAUGUUUCUAUAUCGCACCCCCUUAGCUCAAAUCUGGUGAGAAAUGAUGACCAUAACAAUCACUACAGUUUCACCUAGGAAGUCUGAAUUUGAACCUAUGUCUUGACUGCCAUUUGCAUUUGUGUACCCAGCAAGGGAUGGAUCCUUUCUCUUGCAUUUGUACUUGAAAUUGAACUCCUGCUCAAUUGGCUGAAGGAGCUGCAAUAUCUCUGUGUUGAUUUGUGGCUGGACUAGAAUUUUGCUGCCUAACUUGUAACUAAUGUUUUUUUUUCCUAAAGCUCCAGGUACCAACCACCAUUUUAAUGUGCAUCUUUUCAAAUGACUGAACUUCUAAUGUGACAAUUUGAGGGUGUUUUAAUAUGCAUCGCUCAAGAUUAUAUUGAAGUUGUAUAGACAUAUUUGUAAUACACUAAUACCAAUGCUGUCACUUUGAAGACUAUUGUGAUAAAACCUCAAUAAAUAAUUGAAAUGGAAA